AUGGCAUUGAAUGGCUCCAAAGCCAUUGCUGAACACCAGCCAGAUUGGGACGGCGCAGGACGCAGAGGCAGAAUGAGAUCCCUGUUGAUUCUCUUACUGAUUCUCCUGCUAAUGCUUCAUGGAGCCAGUGGCAACCUGAAGGCAAAAUGCACCUUGAAACUGGUCAGGGAUCAAUCUGAAGCACCCAGUUAUUACUGGCCUGGAGAUUUUAUGAUCAGUGGGAUCGUAUCUCCAACAUCUAUUGAUCAACAACAUCCAUAUGUCUUUUCCGAGACCCCCUUCACAAGGAUUAAGCCGGGAAUAUUUAAGUCCUACUGGUACGUCUUGUCCUUCUUGUUCACCAUCCAGGAGAUCAACCAGGAUCCCAGGCUCUUACCCAACAUCACCCUGGGCUACAACCUCUAUGAGAACUAUUUGGAAGAGAGAAUGACUUCUGCUGCCAUGCUAGACUUGCUUGGAGGAGGGAAUAGCAAUGUCCCAAACUAUAUCUGUGGAAAACAGAAUAACCCGCUGGCUGUUUUUGAAGGGGCCGAUUCUGUAAUCUCAGAAGAGAUUUCAGCCAUGUCAGCCAUCUACAAAAUCCCACAGAUCAGCUAUGGUUUCACUAGGCAGGUUCUUGAAGUUGAGACCCAGUCCCCUUUUGUUUAUCGGAUGGUCCCCAAGGAAGAAGCUCAGUACCCAGGGAUUGUCAUGUUGCUCUUGCAUUUUGGGUGGACGUGGGUUGGCCUCUUCGCUCCAGAUGACGACAGUGGAGAAAGGUUUGUGCGCACCUUGGUGCCUCUGAUGAUCAGCAAAGGGAUUUGUGUUGCUUUCUCAAAAAAAGUAACUCAGAUAGUUCCAUAUGACAUGCUUUCCCCAAGCGAACCAUUUUUCAUCUGGAGACAAGUCGGUGUAUUUGUUUACCAUGUACCUUCUUACAUGGGAUUGGGACUAAUCGUUGCACUACAGGUGCGACAUGGGAAACAAAUUGGGCCCAAAGUCUGGAUCACGACCCCUUUUCAAGACAUGAACUUGAACUUGUCUAUUCAUCCUGAUGCCUUUCAGCAUAUCCAUGGAUCUUUGUCUUUUGUAAUGAAGUUGCAGAUAAGAAAGACACAUCAAAACUACAAACCAGAUUCCUACCUCCUUAGGCAGUUUUGGAAGGAAGCAUUUCAUUGUUUAUAUUCAAAGCAUGUGUUGGCCGCGAAAGGUCGGGCAAGAUGCACAGAGAAGCAGAAACUGGAAAAACUGCCUCAAGAGGAGCUGGAGAGAGCCAUGUCUCAGGACAGCUCCACCACUUUCUUUAGUGUUCUAACUGUGGCACAUGCCUUAAAAGUUGCACAUUCAUCUAGAUCAAAGUUGAUGACGCUGGUGGGUGGACGAGACAAAAAGCUAGAGCCAUGGCAGCUUCACCCUUUCCUAAGAGAAGUCCAAAGCUCAAACACUUCCAUGGGCAGACUGUGUUUGGAUGAGAAUGGGGAGCGGCCAGGCAACUAUGACAUUGAGAACUGGGUGAUGUUUCCCAAUGCGUCUAGCACUCGAGUGAAAAUUGGGAGUGUUGAGAGAGAGGCGUCCACUGGCAUAAAAUUCACCAUUAACCCAGGAGCCAUUGAGUGGCCCAAACAGUUCAACAAGACUGUGCCUCGCUCCAGGUGUACCAAAAGCUGUCAGCCUGGAUACGCCAAGGUGGUUCAGGAAGGAGAGCCAGUUUGCUGCUAUUCUUGUGCUCUGUGUGCGGAAGGGACAAUCUCCUCUCAGGAAGACUGUGAGAUGCCAAAGGUGAAAUGCCCCUUAACUUUGGAGAGGGAUCAGAUUGACCCAUUUAAUUAUUACAAGCCAGGAGACCACCUCAUUGGUGGGGUCAUUUCUCCCACAAGAGCGUUUCUUAAUCCACACACCUUCAACAAAUCUCCUUCCACCAGCUUUUUCAGGAAAUUAAAGACAAGAUACUGGCAGAUCCUCUCCUUCUUGUUUGCUGUUCAGGAUAUCAACCAGAAUCCAAAGCUUUUACGAAACAUCACCCUUGGCUACAGCUUCUAUGAGAACUUUUAUAACAGCAGGGUGACAUAUGAUGCCAUGUUAGACCUGCUUUCUACAGGGCAGGUGAACGUUCCCAACUACAACUGUGGAAGACAAAAUGACAUUCUGGCUAUCCUUGAAGGGGCUGAUUCUCAAAACUCCAUCCAGAUUUCAAGCUUGUUGGACAUCUAUAAAAUCCCACAGGUCAGUUAUGCUUUUGUUUCUCAUGUUCUGAAUGAUAAGAGGCAGUUCCCUUUUUUUUACCGGAUGGUCCCCAAAGAAGAAGCCCUGUACCCAGGGAUUGUCAAGCUGCUCCAGCACUUCAGAUGGACCUUGAUUGGUCUCCUUGCACCAGACACCGACAAUGGAGAGAGGUUCAUGAAGAGCUUGAAGCCGGUGCUCAUCAAAAGCAGUGUUUGUGUUGUCAUCUCACAAAUCUUCCCACAACUUAAUACAUUGAAAGAGAAGAUCCAUCAUCUUCCAUUCCUCAAGUGGAGACAAGUUCAUGUAUUUGUUUACUAUGUAGAAAAAUCUUAUGUCUUAGAGGGAAUAUUACUUAUACAAGGUUUAUUUGACGAGGUGGUGAAGCCCCUUGUAGGGAACGUGUGGAUCACAACAGCAAUGUGGGACAUUUACUUGGAUGUAGUGUACUCUGACUUAUCUUUCCAACACAUCCACAGCAUUUUCUCUUUCUUUUUGGAGACAAAUAAACGGGCAAAAUAUGAUGAUUUUCUACCCUUUUUCUCUGUUGUUAAGAAGUUUUGUGAGGAAGCUUUUAACUGCUCCUAUUCAAAGCAUGCAUUCUCCGUGAAAGGCUGGACAAGAUGCAGAGAGAGAGAGAAACAGGAGGUGCUGACUCAAGACGAUCUGGAAGGAAUCCUCUCUCUAGACAGCUACAGGAUCUACAACACUGUCCAAGCUGUGGCACAUGCCUUAAAUGCUGCAUAUUCAUCUAGAUAUAAAAAGAUGGUGACGGACCGUAUGAAAGUUCAAAGGCUGCAGCCAUGGCAGCUCCACCCUUUCCUGAGAUACUCACAGUUUUACAAUUCUUCCAUGGACGGAGUAUACUUGGAUGAGAACGGGGAACUGGCAGCUGACUUGGACGUUGUGAGCUGGGUGAAGUUUCCCAAUCAGUCCAUCCUAAGGGUGAAGUUUGGGAGUCUCGACAGACAGGGCUCCCCAAACCUACAGCUCACCAUCAAUGAGGAUGCCAUUGUGUGGCCCAAAUGGCUCAAUCAGACCUUGCCUUCUUCCAAGUGUGUGGAAAGUUGCCAUCCUGGAUUCAUCAAGGUGGUUCAGGAAGGAAAGCCACUCUGCUGCUAUGAUUGCAUUCCCUGUUCAGAAGGGACCAUCUCCACGCAGGAAGAUGCAAACCGUUGCAUCAAAUGUCCAGAAGAUCAACAUCCAAACAAAGACCGAGAUCAAUGUGUCCCCAAGAUUAUUACCUUCCUUGCCUAUGAAGAACCUUUGGGGAUCCUCCUGGCUUCAUUUGCCCUCUUCAUGUCCUUAACCACAGGCCUUGUGUUAGGAAUCCUAAUGAAAUACACAGAAACUCCCAUAGUCAAAGCCAACAACCGGGACCUCUCCUUCAUCCUCCUCAUCUCCCUCCUGCUUUCCUUUUUGUCCUCCUUCCUCUUCAUUGGCCAGCCAAGGGGAGGGAUCUGCCUCUUCCGACAAACAGCCUUUAGCAUAAUCUUCUCGGUUGCUGUCUCUUCUGUAUUGGCAAAAACCAUCACUGUGGUGCUAGCCUUCCAGGCCACAAAGCCAGGGAACAGGGUGAGGAGAUGGCUGGGGAAGAGUUUGGCCAAUUACAUUGUCAUUUCUUGUUCCAGUGUCCAAGUUGUCAUCUGCAUGAUCUGGCUGGGGAUCUCGCCACCAUUCCCAGACUCUGACAUGCACUCCCAGCCUGGGGAGAUCAUCCUGCAAUGCAACGAAGGGUCUGUGGCCAUGUUCUAUGGUGCCCUUGGCUACAUGGGCUUCCUGGCGGCCAUCUGCUUCACGGUGGCUUUCCUAGCCAGAAAGCUGCCUGGGGCCUUCAAUGAAGCCAAGCUGAUCACCUUCAGCAUGCUGGUCUUCUGCAGUGUUUGGGUGUCCUUUGUGCCCACCUACCUGAGCACCAAGGGGAAGUAUAUGGUGGCCAUGCAGGUAUUCUCCAUCUUGGUCUCCAGUGCUGGGCUUCUGGGCUGCAUCUUUAUUCCCAAAUGCUACAUUAUCGUGCUGAGACCUGAUCUGAACACAAAGGAGCAUCUACAGCUAAAAAUCAAAUCAAAAGAUGCAAAAGCAGAAACAAAUGAGGUCUCCCAGCUCCUUGCCUCUCCACCUUAA